CUUUUAUGGGAGUUUGAGAAAAGGAGGUGGGAGAAGUCAAUCUCUCUGACUAAGAGAGACUAUGUGAAAAUUCCAUGUUGUUAUCAAUGAGGCAUAUAUUUUGGAGGUUCGAUUCACUCACGUUGUACUCAACAAGAUCGAACGGUGGAGAAUAUGGGAGGAAGAGUAAUUGGACUAUCAGUUCACUCGUAGUCAACAGUCUGUCAGCUUUUCCAGUAAAAAAGAGAAAAGAAACAAGCUUUCUUUUAGUCAUUCUAUAAAACCACACUUUACUAACUUUCGCAUUUCUCUCCUCUUUCUCCACAGUCAUGGCGAUUCUGAAGCUUUUUUCUCUCUGCAUUUCCCUCUUCUUAUUAAUCAGAGCCCCUGUACGAUGUGAUUCCAUACAUUUCCCUUCUUCUUCUUCUUCUUCUUCUUCUUCUUCUUCUUCUUCCUCUUCCUCCUCCUCCUCCUCCUCUUCUUUUUCUUCUGAUGUUCAGCUUCUUUUGGGAAAGAUUAGAGCUUCACUUGAAGGAGACACUCAAAACUUGCUUUUAUCUUCAUGGAAUUACUCUGUUCCUCUUUGUCAAUGGAGGGGACUCAAAUGGGUCUUCACUACUGGAACCCCACUGGUCUGCACUGCUGCUUCUUCUCCACAAUGGUCUAAUCUCACUCUGUUCAAAGACCCUUCUCUUCAUGUUCUCUCUCUGCAACUUCCAUCUGCUAAUCUUACUGGUUCGUUGCCUAAGGAGCUUGGUGAGUUCACUAUGCUUCAAAGCCUCUAUCUAAGUAUAAACUCUUUGACUGGAACCAUUCCACUUGAACUUGGUUACAGCUCCUCUCUUUCUGAUAUUGAUUUGAGUAGCAAUCUUUUAACGGGAGUUCUUCCACCUUCGAUCUGGAAUCUGUGUGAUAAACUUGUUUCUGUCAGACUUCAUGGCAAUUCGUUAUCUGGGUCUCUGCCGGAGCCGGCUUUACCAAACUCCACCUGUAGGAAUCUGGAGGCUUUGGAUUUAGGCAACAAUCAGAUUUCAGGUACUUUCCCUGAAUUCGUUUCUAGAUUUCCGGGUCUUAAAGAGCUUGAUCUUGGGAAAAAUUUGUUGUCUGGACAAAUCCCUCAGAGCUUAGGCCAGUUAGAGCUGGAGAAGUUGAACCUUUCAAACAACAAUUUCAGUGGAAUAUUGCCUGUUUUUAGUAACUCAAAAUUUGGUGUUGAGGCUUUUGAAGGGAAUAGUCCUGGGCUUUGUGGGGAGCCUUUGAAAAGCUGUGCAGUACCUUCUCAUUUGAGUUCAGGCGCCAUUGCUGGCCUUGUUAUUGGCUUGAUGACUGGCACAGUGGUUUUAGCUUCGUUGCUUAUUGGUUAUAUGCAAAACAAGAAGAAGAAGAGUAGUAGUGAGAGUGAAGAUGAGAAUGAUGAAGGAGAAGAUGAAGAAAAUGGUGGCAGUGUCGGUGCAGGUGGUGAAGGAAAGCUCAUUUUAUUUGAGGGUGGUGAGAAUCUGACAUUGGAUGAUGUCUUGAAUGCUACGGGGCAAGUUAUGGAAAAAACAAGCUAUGGCACUAUAUAUAAGGCAAAGCUUGCUGAUGGAGGGACCAUUGCUCUCAGACUGCUGAGGGAAGGUAGUUGCAAAGACAGAAAUUCUUGCUUGUCUGUGAUUAAACAAUUGGGAAAGAUUCGCCAUGAGAAUUUGAUUCCUUUAAGAGCUUUCUAUCAAGGAAAGAGAGGAGAAAAGCUCCUCAUUUAUGACUAUCUGUCAAUCCGAACUUUACAUGAUUUUCUACAUGAAUCUAGAGCAGGAAAACCAGUGUUGAACUGGGCUAGGAGGCACAAGAUUGCAUUAGGCAUUGCCCGGGGAUUAGCCCAUCUUCACACAGGUCUUGAAGUGCCCAUUACACAUGGUAACAUUAGAUCGAAAAAUGUGCUUGUGGAUGAUCACUCCUUUGCAGUGAGACUGACAGAGUUUGGGCUAGACAAGCUAAUGAUCCCAUCAGUAGCUGACGAAAUUGUCUCGCUGGCAAAAUCAGAUGGGUACAAGGCACCAGAGCUGCAACGGAUGAAGAAAUGCAAUUCAAGAACAGAUGUGUAUGCAUUUGGAAUCUUAUUAUUGGAAAUUCUGAUUGGGAAGAAACCAGGAAAAAGUGGAAGAAAUGGAGAGUUUGUGGAUCUGCCAUCAAUAGUGAAAGUGGCAGUUCUGGAGGAGACAACGAUGGACGUUUUCGACGUGGAGGUUUUGAAAGGGAUUAGAAGUCCAAUGGAAGAUGGAAUUGUUCAGGCAUUGAAGCUUGCAAUGGGUUGCUGUGCUCCAGUGGCUUCAGUAAGACCUUCCAUCGAUGAAGUUGUGAAGCAGUUGGAAGAGAACAGACCAAGAAACAGAUCUGCUCUGUACAGCCCAACAGAAACAAGAAGUGAAAAUGGUACCCCAUUUUGAUCCUUUUUUGUGCCACUUUAAAAUCAUGAUGUGCUUUCACUGAUAUCAUUAUAUUAUUCCUCCCUUCUUCACUUUUUUUUUUUUUCUUCUCCUUUUUCUCUUAUAUUAUUACAUUUUAUUUUAACAUGAACUUAAUUGUAUUACAUGCUGAUAGUGUUCAUUCAUGCUAGUAAUUAAGAGGUAUUUACAUAAUUCUUAUGGCCUCUGUUUCUCC